AGAACAUAUUUUUCAUUUCCCAUCUUCUUGAGAAUCAUGCAAAAUCAGAGCUUUGUCACAGAGUUCAUACUCCUGGGGCUUUCUCAAAACCCCAAAGUUGAGAAAAUAUUAUUUGUUUUAUUUUUGUUGGUCUAUGUUGUAACAAUUGGAGGUAACAUGAUAAUUGUGGUGACAAUCAUCUAUAGCCCUGCACUUCUGGGAUCUCCCAUGUACUUCUUCUUGGCAUUCCUGUCCUUGCUGGAUGCAUGCACUUCUACUACUGUCACACCCAAGAUGAUUAUAGACUUCUUCUAUGAGAGGAAGACCAUUUCAUUUGAAUGUUGCAUGACACAAUUGUUUACUAGCCACUUCUUUGCAGGAGUGGAGGUGAUUGUUUUGACAGCCAUGGCCUAUGACCGCUAUGUAGCCAUUUGCAAGCCUCUUUAUUAUUCUUCCAUCAUGACCCGAAGGCUCUGUGGCACUCUUGUGGGGGUGGCCUGGACAGGAGGCUUCUUACAUUCUAUCACACAGGUUAUCUUCACUUUGCAGCUGCCCUUCUGUGGACCCAAUUUUAUCGAUCAUUUCAUAUGUGACUUAUUCCCAUUACUGCAGCUUGCCUGCACUGACACACACAUUUUUGUCAUUUUGGUGUUUGCUAACAGUGGGUCUUUCUGCAUCAUUAUCUUCUCCUUGUUGAUUGUAUCCUAUGGUGUCAUCCUCUUCUCUCUAAGAGGCUACAGCUCUGAAGGACGAAGUAAAGCUCUCUCUACUUGUGGAUCCCAUAUUACUGUUGUGAUUUUGUUCUUUGUCCCAUGCAUAUUAAUAUAUGCCCGGCCUUCAUCUGCCUUUUCCUUUGAGAAAAACACACUUAUAUUUGCCUCUGUUUUGACACCAUUGCUUAAUCCUAUGGUUUACACUUUCAGGAACAAGGAAAUGAAGAAUGCCUUCAAGAAAAUGUGUAGGAGAUUGAUAGUGGCUUCUGAUAAAUAUUAAAAUAUUACACUUUUCCCUGCUGGGCAAAUGGUUCAGUGGGGAAGAUA